GCAAAUGGCUACAUCGCAACAUGGAUUGUUCAUGCCUUUUUUGAGAGAGGUCAUGCAGUGCGAGGGAAGGUGCACAGCCUAGUGAAAGGCGAGCAUUUGAAGAACACCUUCAAGUCAUAUGGCAACCAGCUAGAAACUGUUGUGGUCAAUGACAUUACCAAGGACAGAGCUUUCCAUGAAGCAGUUCAGGGCGUAGAUGCGAUAGCUCAUACGGCAUCACCUGUGCAGUUGAGCAUGAGCGAC